CCCUCUUCGUCAAACUUCGAAUUAGGAUGAUACCCAAGGUGAUCCGAAAAGAAAGUUGCAUGAGUUUUGCAAUGUUGUGUAAAUGACUAAAUGUAAGCAUUUUAUGGAAUGUACGACAAUAUUUAUUUCAAUCGAUUUAAACGAAUACCUACGUACAGUAUGGCAUAAAUAGUAUGAACCAGUUGGUAAAGGUUUUAUUCAGAAGGUGUUUCAAUCAAUCUGGGCUGAAUUCAACACAGCUGCUCUUAUCCAGAACUACAAUUAACAUUGUGAGGAAGUGUAGCACCAUGGCAGAUGAAGUAUGGAAGGUAGAUAAUAAUGAGAAUGUAGAUAUUGAAAUGGAAGGGUUAUCUACAAAAUUCAGCCUCGUUACAGAAGGCAAAGCUAAAGUUCUCCAGCCAGCAUCAGUGUUCUAUAACCCUGUACAAGAGUUCAACCGAGACCUUACCAUAGCCAUCCUGUCAGAGUUUGCUGAGGAACAUGUUAAACAAGCAAGAGAAAAGAGGCAUAAGAUUUGGCAAAAAGAGAAUCCUGGGAAGGAAUUAAUUGAAGAUGCUGAAGAACCUCUUGUGGCCGGGCAACAGCACCCUGAUGGCAUGAAGAUACUGGAGGGUCUGUCUGCAUCUGGGCUCAGAUCAAUGAGAUUCGGACUGGAGAUUCCUGGUGUUAAGAAAAUCAUUGCCAAUGAUUUUGAUAAACAUGCUGUAGAGGUGAUAGAGAAGAAUAUCAAGAGAAAUAAACUAGAAAAUCUUGUAGAGGCUAGUCACAAUGAUUGUGCUAUGUUAAUGUAUCUGAAUAAAAAAGUGGAUGAUAGAUUUGAUGUGAUUGAUCUAGAUCCGUAUGGUUCUGCAGGUCCUUUUUUGGAUGCAGCUGUACAGUCAAUCAGGGAUGGGGGAUUACUAUGUAUUACAUGCACAGAUGGUGGUACGCUUUGUGGAAAUUUUGGUGAAAAAUCGUUUUCAAUGUAUGGUGGUUUACCACUGAGAAGUAAAUUUUGCCAUGAAAUGGCAUUGAGAAUAAUUUUACACUCUAUAGAAUCACAUGCUGCAACUUACUCUAGAUAUAUAGUGCCUGUUUUAUCACUUAGUGUGGAUUUCUAUUUCCGUUUGUUUGUCCGUGUGUACAGUGGGCAGUUGCAAACAAAAUUUACAGCAGCACAUACAGGCAUGGUGUAUCAGUGUGUUGGAUGCAGCUCAUAUACCGUUCAGCCAUUAUGUGAUACCCAGCCUGGGAAAAAUGACACAUAUAAAUUUAUUCCAUCGCGGGGACCACCUGUCGGUAAAAAUUGUGAACAUUGUGGGUUCCAACAUCAGAUGGGUGGACCGAUUUAUUUAGGACCCCUACAUGAUACAGACUUUGUUGACAAGAUCAUUAGAAGGGCAGCAGCUGAGUCAGAAAAGUUCAAUACUGCAAAUAGAAUAGAAGGAAUGCUGUCUGUUGUGUCAGAAGAGAUUGAAGUACCUCUCUAUUAUGAAGUUGAUGGACUCUACCAGGUCCUACAUUGUUGCCCACCAAAAAUGAUGGAUGUAAGAUCAGCCAUUUUGAAUGCUGGUUACAAGGUAUCAUUUUCACAUGCCUGCAAAAACUCACUGAAAACAGAUGCUCCCAACUCUGUGAUCUGGGAUAUAUUGAGGGCAUGGAUUGAAAAGAACCCAAUUAAGAAAAAUGAACCAGGAUCACCAUGUCAUGCUAUACUCAGUCAGAAACCAUCUAUUGAGGUGAACUUUGAAACUCAUAAUAAAGCUAAUCCAAGAUCAAGGUCACAGAAUUUGACAAGAUGGCAACCAAACCCAGAGAAAAACUGGGGACCAAAACCAAGAGCCAAAAAAUCUAAAGAUAGUGACACGUUAGAAAGUAGAAGAAUAAAAAAUCAAGGCAAACGCAAAAGAAAGGCAGAAGAAGAUAUGGGGGAUGAAAACACUGUGGAAGGCCAAGAGACAGACAAGCAGUCGAAGGCAGGUGGUGAUCAGGCUCAAACAUGAACUUAAGUUUAUUUACAUUGAACCAGUCUUGUACCAGUCUAAGUAACCAGUCUCCGAAGUUAAAAUGAGAUCCUGACUGGUCCAAUAAAAACUCGGAAUAAAAGGCUCUGAACCAGUCUGAGCAAUUUAAGAACUGAUAGUGGAUAUAUUCAUCUAUAAUAUGUAGACAACUAGAAACAUCUUACAGAAUUUAUGCAUUUAAAGAGUACAUAACAUGUAUUUAAAAUAUGUGUAUUAUUAUAAAAGUAUUUCACAUUUUUAUUAAGUUUAUUGAGUCAUCAAGAUUAAUUACUGCGUAAGGAUUAAUUUUUAAAAGAUCUGUUUACUGUGGCAAAUGACAAAAAUAGCUGAAUUAAACAAUUUUAAUAUGAUUA